AUGCGAUUGGGAAGUUUUUAUAUUUUGUUUCUAAGUGCAUUUUUAUUAUCGUCUGUCAGCGCCUUUACAGAGGAGCCGUUGGAGAAUGUCGCAGCCACUGAGCAGCCACAGUCGAAUGUGACUACACCUCCAGUAGAAGAACUCUUGCUGUCCGAUGAGACCAAGCCAGAAGAGCAAUUAUUGGUGGAGACCGUAGAGACGCAAGGUCACGAAAAUGCUGGCGAACGUAAAGCGCGCCAGUUUGGCUAUCCAGGCUUCGGAUAUGCACCACCACCACGUCCUUAUUAUGGCGGUGGUUUCGGAGGAGGAUUUGGCGGUGGAUUUGGCGGUGGUUUCGGUGGUGGUUAUGGUGGCGGCUUCCAGCGAACCCGUGUCGUAACGCGCACCCGUGUGGUGAAUCGAGUACGCGGUGGCGGAUUCUAUGGUGGUGGAUACUUUGGUUAA